AAAGGAAACAACAAACUACAAUGGCUUUCAAAUGCAGUGAAUGUCAAACAUCAUUUUCCAGCCUUGAAAUGCUCCAAAUUCAUGAGGGGAGCCAUACCUCAACUUCCAGGAGAGCAGUGGUUGAGUCUUCACCUGUGGAGGGGAUUGUUAAAAGGACGAAGAAAGCGUUUAAAUCAAGGGUUAUAACCCUCUCCUAUACAUGUAGAAACGAGGAAUGUCUCAUACCUGAAGCAUUUUUAAGAGAGGCCUAUGGAGCACUUAAGAGUGAAGUAACUUACUUCCUAAAAAUACAUGAAUCUUUAAAGGUUAACGUAGAACUGCAUGCGUUAUAUGCUAAACCAAAUUUGGAUGAUUUGGAAAAUACACCAUUGGAAGUUAAAACCUUCCAAACGAAAAUGGUAGAAAUAUAUAACGCAGCUGAUUUUGAAAAAGCAUAUAUAACUAAAAUUGACAGUAUUAAUCAAAAAACUGAAGAAUUCCAGGAAAGAGAUAGUGGUUGGACGUUAGUUCAAUUAAUAAAAAUUGAUCUGAACGUUAACAAAUAUCAACCUCUUAAGGGAUCAAGUUUUUUGCCUCUCCCUACAAAACUACACCUAAAAAAAGCAUGUAUAAAUGUGAAAAAUAAAGAUGAGUUUUGCUUUAAAUGGGCUUUACUCUCGGCAAUUGGAGGUGUAAAAAAAGAUGCUCAACUUACAUCAAAAUAUAAAAUAGAUAUUUCAUCCAAACUAAUAAGCCUGAAUGGAUAUAAUUUAAAUUUUAAUGGGUUAUGCUUCCCAUUAAAAUUAAAAGACAUUAAAAUAUUUGAAACGAACAACCCAAAACUUAGUGUAAAUGUUUUUGGAUAUGAUGGUAAAAGUGAUUUAGUUGUUGGACCACACUACAAAACAAUGAAAGAAAAGCCCAUACACAUAAAUUUAUUGUUUUUGCAAACACCCAGUGGAGAUAAAUCGCACUAUGUGUGGAUUAAAAAUAUAUCAAGAUUAAUUCGUUCACAAACCACAAAGUUUGAAGGAAGUCUGGUAAUGUGUAAUGAUUGCUUACAACAUUUCCAUAAAAAAGAGAAAUUGGAGGCGCACAAAAAAAAUUGUGGUAAAUUAAUUGCAUAUGUUCCAGACUCGGAUAAGAGUUAUUUGGAAUUUAAAAAUUUUGGGAAUUCACUUAAUGUACCAUUUGUAGUAUAUGCUGAUUCGGAGUGUAUUUUUGAAAAUAUACAAACUUGCACUCCGAGUGGGGAUUCGUCAUCAACAACAUUAGUUGAUAAACACAUCCCAUAUGCAUUUUCUUAUUACGUUAAGUGUAGUUUUAAAAAUAGUUUAAGUAGAUUUAGGAGUUUCAAAGGGUUAGACUCAGCGAAAUUAUUUGUUGAACAGUUAGUAACUGAUAUAAAAUACUUAAAUAAUAAUUAUUUAAAAAAAGUUAUUCCUAUGACACCCUUAACAAACGAGGAAAUUUUAGAUUUUGAGCAUAAUAGUAAGUGCCACAUAUGUUCAAAAACUGUUUUAAAGGAGGAUAAAGUGAGGGACCACUGUCAUUUAAGUGGAAAGUACAGAGGACCAGCUCAUAAUUCGUGUAAUAUUAAUUACAAACUACCAUCAUUUUUCCCAGUAAUUUUUCACAAUUUUUCGGCAUAUGAUUGUCAUUUAUUUGUUAAAGAAUUAAAUAAUAUUGAUGAUGGCCCCAUUAAUAUUAUACCUUUAAACAAAGAAUUAUACAUAUCUUUGUCAAAAACAAUAAGUUCUGACAACGGUGGUAAUAUUGAGAUAAGAUUUUUAGAUUCUUGUCGAUUUAUGCCAUCAAGUUUAGAUAAUUUAGUAAAAAAUUUAACAAAGCAGGAGCUUAAAAAUGUAAAAGAAUUUCAUCCUGAUGAAACAAAAUUUGAUUUACUAAUAAGAAAGGGAGUCUUUCCAUAUAACUAUUUGAAUUCUAUAGCAAAACUACAAGAAACUUGUUUACCAAACAUAGAUGAUUUCUAUAAUAAAUUAACUGAAACAGUAUGUUCUUUAGAAGACUAUGCACACGCACAAGAAGUUUGGAGUAAAUUUAAUUGCAAAACAAUAGAGGAUUAUUUAAUGAUAUAUUUAAAAAGUGACGUUUUGCUAUUAGCAGAUGUUUUUGAAAAUUUUAGAAUUGUUUGUAAAAGCAUUUACAAUUUAGAUCCAUGUCACUAUUAUACAGCACCAGGUCUAUCAUGGGAUGCAAUGCUGAAAAUCACAAAUAUAAAACUAGAUUUAUUAACAGAUCUAGAAAUGAUUCAAUUUUUAAAUAAGGGAAUUAGAGGUGGAAUUGUUCAAUGCUCUGAAAGACAUUCUGUAGCAAACAAUAAAUAUCUCUCAGAUUAUGAUGACAAAUUGCCUUCUAAAUAUUUAACAUAUUUAGAUGCCAACAACUUAUAUGGUUGGGCAAUGUCUGAGUCUUUACCAGAGGGUAACUUUGA